GCAGCGCUGCAGAUUUGAGCCCAGGAAGACCCUAUCCUAAUUUUGAUACGUCUUCGAACCGCGUCCCCUUGGGGUAGGAGUAGGGCAAGGCAAUAAAGCUUGUGUGAAGUUGCUCUUGCUGUGUAAAACUCCCCAACACCGUCAUCAUGACGGACUCUAAGUACUUUUCGACCACCAAGAAGGGUGAGAUAGCUGAGUUGAAGGCCGAGCUACACGGUGACAAGCGGGACAAAAAGCGUGAAGCCGUGAAGAAGAUAAUUGCAAUGAUGACAGUUGGCAAAGAUGUUAGCUCCUUGUUUCCUGACGUUAUAAAUUGCAUGCAGACUCCUGACCUGGAAUUGAAGAAGUUAGUGUAUUUGUACCUGAUGAAUUACGCCAAGACCCAGCCGGAUAUGGCGAUUAUGGCUGUGAAUACGUUCGUAAGGGACUGUGAUGAUCCAAACCCACUUCUCCGAGCACUUGCAGUUCGGACUAUGGGUUGCAUUCGUGUUGACAAAAUCACGGAGUAUCUGUGUGACCCACUGCGCAAGUGUCUCAAGGACACCGAUCCCUACGUUCGUAAGACUGCAGCAGUCUGCGUUGCCAAGAUGUAUGACAUCAAUGCAGACCUGGUGGAAGAUCAAGGAUUUUUGGAGCUUCUCAAGGAGCUACUAUCUGAUUCAAAUCCCAUGGUAGUAGCCAAUGCUGCUGCAUCCCUAGCUGAGAUCUCAGAUAGUAGUGGAAGAGGCCUUGAAUCGUUUGCAAUGAAUGCAACACUUGUGAACAAGCUGUUAGCGGCACUGAAUGAGUGCACUGAGUGGGGUCAGACGUUCAUUCUGGACUCGCUGUCGCUUUAUCAGCCGGGCGAUGACCGUGAAGCGAAGAGCAUCAUCGAGCGCGUUGCUCCACGCUUGGCUCACGCCAACGCUGCAGUCGUCCUGUCGGCUGUCAAGGUCAUUAUCCGCCUGAUGGCCAUGCUGGAUGAGACAUCAGAGUUCUAUGACACCAUGCUGAAGAAGCUGUCACCGCCGCUGGUUACUCUGCUGGCCGGUAAUCCAGAAAUCCAGUACGUUGCACUGCGCAACAUCUCUCUCAUUCUGCAGAAGCACCCGGAGGUCCUGCGUGGCGACAUCAAGGUGUUCUUUGUCAAGUACAAUGACCCCAUCUACGUCAAGCUGGAGAAGCUGGCCGUGAUUGUGCGCUUGUGCAAUGACACAAAUACACGCGCUAUCCUAACCGAGCUCAAGGAGUAUGCAUCCGAAGUUGACAUCGAUUUUGUGCGCAAGGCAGUGCGUGCCAUCGGUCUGUGUGCUAUCAAGGUGUCCAGUGAGACGGAGCGUGCUGUCCAGACGCUGCUGGAGUUGAUUGAAACCAAAGUGAAUUAUGUGGUGCAGGAAGCAGUGGUUGUUAUCAAGGAUAUCUUCCGAAAGUUCCCCAACAAGUACGAGGGCAUUAUCGCCACACUUUGCGAGAACCUAGAUGUUCUUGAUGAGCCCGAAGCGCGUGGUGCCAUGGUGUGGAUCCUGGGAGAGUAUGCUGACCGCAUCGACAAUGCUGGAGAGCUGCUGACGAGUUUUGUCGACUCUUUCUCUGACGAGACUGUGCAAGUUCAGCUGCAGAUCCUGACGGCUGUUGUCAAGCUUUUCCUCAAGCAGCCAUCGAGUGGUCAGGAUCUUGUCCAAACUGUACUCAGCUUGGCCACGCAGGAUAGUGACAACCCGGACUUGCGUGAUCGUGGCUACAUCUACUGGCGUCUCCUGUCCACCGACCCAGCGGCAGCAAAGGAGGUUGUUCUUACCGAUCGGCCACGCAUCAACGAGGAGACCGACUUGCUCGACUCUGGCUUGUUGGAUGAGCUUAUCUCGAACAUUGCAACUCUUGCAUCGGUCUACCACAAGCCUCCAAGUACGUUUGGCUCAACUUCAAUGCCAGUCCAGCGUCUAUCUGAGCAGCGCGCCACACAGUCAAGUACCCGUGAUGAGGACGAAUCACCAGCCGACAUUCCUGUUGCUCAGCCAGUGGCAGAGCAGCCUGCUGCUCCUGCUCCUGCUCUUGCACAAGUUGAUCUUCUCAGUGGUGGUGUUCCUAACGGCGCACCCGCGCUGCAGUACGAAGGCUGGCUUGCGGAGCAGCAGGGCAAGGGUCUGCGUGUCGAAGGUACCUUCUCACGGCGGGCAGAACAGCUUUUCAUGGAGCUGAAGUUCACCAACUGCCUUAUGCAGCCGAUCAGUGGAUUUGCCAUUCAGUUCAACAAGAACAGUUUUGGCAUUGCACCAGCCGCAGCACUCAGUGUACCGAUGGUCAUGCCCAACUGCACUGAGACCGCCUCACUCGCUCUCACCACAGCCGGCCAAGUGCAACGCAUGGAUCCUCUCAACAUGCUGCAGGUUGCCGUCAAGACCAACGUUGACGUGGUGUACUUUGCUGCCAACGUUCCGUUCCACUUGCUGUGGAUGCCAGAUGGCGAGAUGGAGCGCAAGUCUUUCCUCACCACAUGGAAGGAGAUCCCAUCCACGAAUGAAGUUUCGUCAGUAAUUUCCAGUGCCAUGUCCGUCGAGACGGCCGAAGAGAAACUAAAGAGAUGGAACUUCUUCAUCAUCGCCAAGCGGAAUGUUGAGCUGCAGACGAUGAUCUACGCCUCUGCCAAGUACGUCAAUGGCAUCUUCAUACUGGCUGAGUUCAAGUUCUCCCCAUCCGCUGGCAACGUGGCGGUAGCGCUCAAAACGAGGGGCGUUGACAUUGUGCCAGGUACACAGCAGGCGCUCACACAAAUUCUUCAAGGUCAGGUUUAGGCUGUUGUGUGUGCUGUAUUCCACUUAGUUCUUGUGCAUCAUUUUAUUUUGGUUUUAUUCGACUGAUUUGCUUGCCCCAUAGUUGUGUUGCUGUCUGUAUUUGUCGUUCGUCUUGUCCUUUUUUUUAAUACAGUAUUUUGCUUGCACUUCUCUCUUGUACAGUUAAUUUUUAUUGAAUUGUAAGUAACAAAUUGUAUCUGCACUCAGAGUUCAAAUGAAACAUGUUCAGUGAAGCGCUUUACUGCUAUUAUAACUACAUGUGUAUACACUCCCCUCACUACA